AUGAAAUUCAUUAAUUCAAUUGCGUUAACUGUUUUAGCUGUUUUAACUUCUGCUGCUGCUAUUGAAAAAAGAGAAGCUGGUGGUUAUGAUGAUUAUAAACCAACUAGAACGUAUGAUAACAAUUAUGAUGAUGGUUAUAUUACUACCUUUAGGCGUUAAGGAAUAUUACGAUGAUGAUAAAGAUUAUGGUAAACAUGGUAAAGGCUAUGAUUAUGAUUUAGAUUUAGUUUGUGAAAUUGAUGAUGGUCAAUUAAUUUAUGAUGAUUGUCAUAAAUACAAACCUUAUUCAAUUUAUGAUAAUGAUUAUGAUAAUGAUUAUGAUAAUGAUUAUGAUCAUGGAGAUGAUGAUCAUAAAAAAAAAAAAUAUAAUUGGAAAAGAGGUGACCAUAAUGAUUAUGAAACUUACGAUGAUGAUUAUGAACCAUUUAGAGCUUUCAAACAUCCAUUUUUAAAAAUUAGAAAAAAUCAACUUGAUACUUUCUUCAAAUUAAAAAAAACUGUUUUAACUACUUUAUUCUCCAAAAAAAUUGUUGAAGUUGUUGCUAAUCAUCAAUUACAAGCUGAUUACCCUGUUCAACCAGAUGCAUUAUUUACUAAAGGUUUUUCAAUCGUUUACAAACACGGUUAUUGGGUUUUAGCUUUAAAUAAGUCAACCAAAUUUUACAAUGCAGCUAUCAAUUCACAAAAAUCCGCUUUCAAAAUUUAUGAUGCUCCAAUUACUAAUGAAUCAAAAGCAAUUGAAUUAGUUAUCAUUGUUCUUGAAGAUGAAAAAAGAAAACAUAAAUACUGA